UAUCGUGAAUACAACCCUAUUCAGUCUUUUGGGAGUGAAAAUGCGAAUUUAUUUACAAAAUUUGCCAAUACGAGAAAAAGAAGGCAACGCGUAAUUAAUAAAUUCAUCACUUUGUCAUCGACGCGAAUACCAGAUGUUGUAGUGCCAGCGGAGUGCGAAAGUGUGUGUGUGCAAUGCCCGCGGAGAGAAAGACACAGAGGAAGAGCGCGGCGCUGAUGUUGUGGUCAAGAUAUGAUUUGGCUGCAACUACGACGUCCAAACAUCGACCAAAACAAUAAACCCCGCGACCAGGCUAAUUUUAGCGUGCGUGCAACAAGAACAAUAACAGUACCAUACAAGCGCGAGGCAAUCAAAAAACACACCAACAAUAAUAUCAACAACUGAACGUACGGCGCGCGCGUCUGUGUGCGUGCUGUGUGUGUUAGUGCGUGAGCGUGUGUGUGUGCCUGUGUAGAAAGUGCGCACGUCAGGCGUUGGCUGUCGUCGCAGUCGCAACCAUGUCCAGAAUAACGUUGACCACGUUAACACAUAACAGCAGCGUCGGCGGCGGCAUUACAAGCAGCAGCAACAACAACAGCAACAACGAUACACGCACCGGGACGCUGACGCACCUUAUGGAGGAGCACCAGCAGACGGCUAGCGGAAGAGGGACAUCUGCUGGCCCCGGCGGACUGAUAUCAGAUGGGGCGGAACGGCUGCGACGCCAGGGCAGCCGCCUGCAAACAUCACAAUUCGCCUGUAUGCGUUGCUGCGGCAACUUUCUCACCUAUCUGGUGCGGCUGCGCAGCACGCCCGAAGAGCUAGAGCAACGCUACAAAUCCAAAGAGAUUGAUCGGUUUUUGGAGAAAGAGAAGCACACGUUUCGGCGGCAGGUAAAGCUGCUGCUCCUGGGCGCUGGCGAGUCUGGCAAAUCCACCUUCCUCAAACAGAUGCGCAUCAUACACGGCGUCAACUUUGAACCUGAGCUACUGUGCGAAUACCAACAUGUGAUAUACCAAAAUGUUAUACGAGGUAUGCAAGUCCUUCUCGAUGCGCGCGAAAAGCUGGACAUAUCUUGGGGCAGUGAUGGACGCGAGCAGGAUGCCCACGCCGCAAAAUUAAUGGAAUGCAAUGCAAUAGAGGCAGCUAGAUUCGUAGAAUGCGCACCGCUUAUAAGGCGCCUAUGGCAGGAUCGUGGUAUAAGGCGCGCCUACGAACGACGACGCGAGUUCCAAAUUAGCGAUUCGGUCAGCUAUUUUCUAGACGAAAUCGAGCGGCUAGCGAAACCGGAUUAUGUGCCCACCCACAAAGAUAUACUGCACUGUCGCAAAGCAACCAAAGGUGUUUACGAGUUUUGUGUCAAAGUACAGAACAUUCCAUUUGUGUUUGUCGAUGUGGGCGGUCAGCGCACGCAACGUCAAAAGUGGACGAGAUGCUUUGAUACCUCUGUCACUUCUAUUAUAUUCCUAGUGUCCAGUUCGGAAUUCGAUCAGGUGCUUGCCGAAGACAGGAAAACCAAUCGUUUGGAAGAAUCCAAAAAUAUUUUCGAUACGAUCGUGAACAACAACACGUUCAAAGGCAUUUCAAUAAUAUUGUUUCUAAACAAAACUGAUUUGCUUGAGCAAAAAGUACGCAAUCCAGAGACUGAUAUACGCUGGUAUUAUCCACAGUUUAAUGGCAAUCCGCAUUCGCUUCUGGACGUCCAGAACUUUAUGCUGCAAAUGUUCAUGAGUGUGCGCCGAAGCAGUAGCACCAGUCGGAUCUAUCAUCAUUUUACCACUGCCAUAGACACACGCAACAUCAAUGUAGUGUUUAAUUCAGUGAAGGAUACGAUACUGCAGCGCAAUCUGAACGCUCUGAUGCUGCAGUAAGAACACUCGCGGACAUCCUGAUCACAAUCACGAAUCUCACGCCAGCUCUGACAACACCGUGUCUACCAUAUAUCAAAUCAUAUAAAUAUUUAUAUAUUUAAAUAUAUACCAUAUACAAAAAACGAAAGUGCCAGGCUGUCAGGAAUGUACAAUUUUGUGAAAGGGCCGACCCAAAUUGUUGUUUACUUUUUAAAAUGGUUUAAUUAUUCAUACAUUUUGUAUUAAAUGAAAUUAUUAUACUAAUUUUUAGCAUUUACAUGUAUUAUGUAUUUUAUUUAUGCAUAAAUGUAUAUAAUUUA